ACUCCAGAUGCCGACUUCUUCACCUUCAAAGGGCUCAAACUGGCCUUGAGGGGUGCUCCCAAGGAUUUACCAUUUAAGGUGACCAAGGCGAGCCAGGUGGAGUUCCCAGCACUCAUGGGGCAGAGCGUCUCGUAUGCUGCGCUCCAGUUUGCACCUGGGGGCAUCAAUCCACCCCACACCCACCCUCGCUCGGCAGAGCUUCUCCUUGUCGUGCAAGGAUGGCUCCAGGUCGGGCUUGUGGACUCCAACAACACGCUCUUCACUCAGACGCUUCGGACUGGUGACAUGUUUGUGUUCCCCAAGGGCCUGGUGCACUUCCAAGUGAACAAAGACCCCAGAUACCCAGCUGUCGCAUUGUCGGCAUUCGGCAGUGCUAACGCCGGCACGGUGUCUCUUCCAAAGACUUUGUUUGGCAGUGGCAUUGACGAAGAUAUAUUAGCCAAGUCCUUCAAGACCGAUGCCCAAACCAUUGACAAACUUGUUUCGGCUGCCACCAUGGGUUGACAUACGUAUAAUUCACCAGAGCAUCUCGAGUUGCUGGUGUCUGUAUGCUUUUCGUAUUUGGCUUCUCAUUGUUUGGACUAAUGUUGGUUACUUGGUUAUUCUUUAUUUAUAGUAUUGUCUGUCUUUGAGAGUGUAA